AUAAGUAGUUCUAUCUCGCCGGCCGGUGAACAAACCGGCUUGAUAAGCAUAAGCAUACAUUACCAUAACAGCUUUUAUAGCUGGCACUAGUUGGAAAACACAUUCCGAUAGCCACCGGCCCAGUGCACACGUAUCAAAAUGAAAUCGUUCGUCGAAUAUUCCCCGAGCACUGAUUUUCCUAUCGAAAAUCUCCCGUAUGGAGUCUUCACUUCACCUAACAAUAGCGAAAAACACAUUGGAGUAGCAAUUGGGGAGUUUAUUCUAGAUUUGAACGUGAUCUCUCAUCUGUUUGAUGGGCCCCUGCUGAAAUCUAAACAGAAUGUUUUUAAGGAAGAAAUGCUCAACGCGUUCAUGGGUCUCACUCGGCCGCACUGGUUGGAAGCGAGGGUCACGCUGCAGAAGCUCCUUGAUGCUUCCAAUCCCACUCUUCAAAAUAACACAGAACUGAGACAGAGGGCGUUCGUAAAGCAGAGCGAUGCACAAAUGCACGUGCCGGCUGACAUAGGAGACUACACGGAUUUCUACUCAUCGAUACACCAUGCCACCAACGUCGGCAUCAUGUUCAGAGGCAAAGAUAAUGCAUUGUUCGCCAAUUGGAAACACCUACCAGUUGGCUACCACGGUCGCAGCAGCUCAAUCGUAAUUUCUGGAACACCUAUCACAAGGCCUUAUGGACAGACCCUACCUGUGGAAGGUGCUGACCCCCACUUCGGACCCUGUCGCCUGAUGGACUUCGAGUUGGAGAUGGCAGCAUUCGUGGGUGGACCUCCCACUACCCUGGGAGAGAGGGUCACGGCUAAGGACGCUGAGGAUCGCAUCUUUGGACUCGUUCUUAUGAACGAUUGGAGUGCACGAGACAUCCAGAAAUGGGAAUACGUGCCCCUCGGUCCCUUCACAGCCAAGAACUUGGGCACCACCAUAUCACCUUGGGUGGUCACCAUAGAAGCUUUAAGACCAUACAUUGUGGACAACUUCCCACAAGACCCUACUCCCUUCCCAUACUUGAAACAUGACGAUAAAUUCAACUUCGAUAUCAAGCUAGAGGUGGAUCUGAAAUCUGAAAAGUCGCCAGUGGCCACCACAAUCAGCCGCUCUAACUUCAGCUACAUGUACUGGACGGUGAAGCAGCAGCUCGCGCAGCAGACCGUCACCGGCUGCAACCUGAGACCUGGAGACCUGCUCGGCUCCGGCACCAUCAGUGGAGAGGUGUCAGAUUCCUUUGGAAGCAUGUUAGAACUCUCGUGGAAAGGAACAAAGCCCCUCCGUCUGCUGUCCGGUGAAGAGAGGAAGUUCAUCCAGGAUGGAGACACGGUGACAAUCCGUGGUUUCUGCGUAGAUGAAAAUGGUGUCAGAAUAGGUUUCGGAAAAUGUGAAGGAAAACUUCUACCGGCUGUGCCUUUUGAUGGAUGAAUUCUUUCGAUAACUGCCUUUUUAACCAUAUUUUAUACGUAUCAAAUAAAUGACGAUCAAAUGUU